AUGCUCUGGCACCCUGGUCCUGGAGUCCGAACCCGUCGCUCAAAUCCUGAGUUCAACCCGGGACCGCAAACAUGCCCUAGGGAGAUCCCGCUUCUCUUGAGGGCGUCCGUCGUGGACAACCUACAGUUUAACAUUAUCACUCGAAAGGCCGUUGGGAAGUUCCCUGAUGUCCCGCGCACAUCGGGGGCCUCGCAAACGCGCGUCGCCAAGCUGAACGGCGGGCAUUAUCUCGUGCAAGACCAGAUCCGGCUCUGCUUUUCCAACCAGGAGAGACGCAACAGCCACGAAGAAGCAUUCUACAUUGACGUGGGCGACGAGGAAGAACCUGACCCGACGAUCGAUGUCUUUAUUAGUCGGGAUUCGAAGGUUUUGAGCGGGCUGGGAGAGAAGGGAAAGCAUUGCGCACCGGUUCUUCCCAAAUUCUCUAAGAAUUCUGACGAGAAGAAAGCCAAAGAGAAGAAGCUCGAAGAAACGAUGGCAAGGGCAGAUAAACAAACGGAGAAGCUUCAAGCACAACAAGCCGAAAAAUACGAGAACAACUGCCGAAAGCAACAGGGCGCGUGA